UUUCUUAUCCUAAAAUGUCUCUCUCUUCAUCACUCUCAUUCUCAUGCUAUUGAUGCAAUCUUCAAAUUCUGUACUAGUGCAUUUUGCACAUUCUCUCUAUCAUCACUCUCUCAUGUUCUACAACAUCGUUCACUGAAGUUCAUCUCUAUGUACUUGGCGGGAGUUAUGAUAGUUGGCGGCAGUAGUCUUCGAAUUCGAGCUACUCAUCGUCAUAUUUCCCUCUUUCCUUCCGUCGAAUCAGCGCCAUUUCAUGUAUUUAACCUCAAAUCUCACUUUCAGAAAUGGAAUCAUCCUCCAAAGAAACUGUCAUUCAAUUCCAUCGCAGGAAAUACUAAUCUCCGUUUCUCCGUCGCUGCUUCCGCCUCUUCUCCCUCCUUAGACGCUGGCACCGGCUCUGAUUAUUCCGAUAAGUUAUUUGGUCCAAGACAAAAGCAUAAGAAGAAGAAGAAAUUAGCGGGUAUAGAUCAGGAUGAGUUGCUAGAUCCAAUCCAGUUAGCUGAUCCAGACAGUUGUUUCUGCGAAUUCAAUGAAAUACAUGUGCACCACAAGGUUUGUGAACCUGAAUCGUCGACCACUAAUUCCCAAGCUAACAAAAUUGGUCUUCCUAUGAUCUUACUCCAUGGAUUUGGGGCUUCUUUGUUUUCAUGGCACAAGGUAAUGAAGCCUUUGGCUUGUGUCACUGGUUCAAAAGUUCUUGCAUUCGAUAGGCCAGCAUUCGGGCUGACUUCUAGAACAGAACCGAGUAGAGACAAGCCUCUUAAUCCAUAUUCUACUAUAUUCUCUACACUUGCAACAUUAUUCUUCAUUGAAUCCUUAACUGCCGAGAAGGCAAUUCUUGUGGGGCAUUCAGCUGGUGCCAUUAUAGCUGUGAAUGCAUAUUUUGAAGCUCCUGAACGAGUCGCAGCCUUGAUCCUAGUCGCUCCAGCAAUUAUAGCUCCAUUAAUGGCACCUAAAGCUCGAAAAAACAAAUCCCAGAUAAGUUCAACAACUGUUACCAAAAAUCCAUUCAUCAUGCUUUUCAGUCUUUUCUCAAAAUUCUACAAGUUUAUUGUACUGGGAAUCAUGUCUAUGCUUAGAAACUUGUUUAAUUUCGUCAACUCGAUUUAUAAGAAAACUCUAUCAGCGAUUCUUCUCUCGGGUUUUGGUGUGAUGUUGGUAAGGAUAUUAAUAGACAAAUUUGGUAUUUCCGCUGUUCGUAGCGCCUAUUAUGAUCCAAAUAAGGUCCCUGACCACGUCCUACAUGGCUACACCAAGCCUCUGAAAGCUAAAGGAUGGGAUCGGGCUCUUGUGGAAUUCACAGUAGCGUUGCUAGCAGAUCAGGACACCCGUUCGAAUCCAUCACUAACGAGUAGACUGGAAGAAAUAUCAUGCCCAGUUCUAAUUAUCACUGGAGAUACAGACAGACUAGUUCCAUCUUGGAAUUCGGAGAAACUCUCUAGAGCUUUACCAGGAUCUUUUCUUGAAAUUAUCAAGAACUGUGGCCACAUGCCCCACGAAGAGAAAUCCGAAGAGUUCAUCUCUAUUGUCGAGAAAUUUCUGCAGGGAGUCUUCUUUAGAAGCUCACAUGAUCUUCGUUAUAAUCCAGGAACUUGAUAUGAACGGGUAAAGUUCAAGAAAAAUGUCUUAUGAUUUGUUAACAAUUGGUUUACUGGUAUAAAACAACAUGAUCUCGAUACUAUAACAAAUAAAUGUAUAGAUUGUUGUGGACAAACUAAGGCACAAUGUAUAAAUCCCCCAAAACUUAAUGGGGGAUUAUGCCUCAGAAUCUCCAUUUGGGGAGGUGGAAACUCCAAAACAAGCCUAAUCUUGAUGCUCUAAAUUCAGAUACAAAAGCUAAACAAAAUGUGAGAUUAGUUUUAUAUGAUGAAAAAUAUAAUGGUCCAAUUGGUUUUCCGA